AUGUUCGGUAGUUCUCCUCCUUCAAACAGUUCAGCACCUAGCAGCAGUUAUGUCAUCAACGUACAUCAACCUGAAGUCAAUACAUAUGGAUUCGAUAAUAACUGUUACUACACAACACUAGCAGGACUUCUGAAUACAACUGUUGAAGAACUUGUUAAGAAAUGUGAACGAAUGCAGGAAGGUGGUCCCAAAGGCGCUACAAUAGAUCAAAUUGACAGUCUCUAUCGUGAUGCUCAUCUACCGAUUCAAAAAUUCUAUGUUUUUACUUCAGCAGCGCAACUGUCGUCCUUUUUCCAUCGUGCAAAUAUAGGUGACAGUCCCGUUGGUAUUCCAUUUGCAUGGGAAGUGCCGAAUGCCGGUUACAAUCAUAUGGUUGCACUUUAUCUUCGCCGUCAAAGUGGAACAGUUGAUGGAAUUCUAGUCGAUUAUCAAAGGCCUUCAAAUGAUCCGGGAAGAACAACUGAUCGUUUACCACAAUCAUCAAAGUACUACGUGCUUGAUACAUUAGGUUUGUUUCCUUCGAUGCAUGAUGACUUGUGA